AUUAUUAUGAUUUUGUAUUUGAAUACCUUUCAUAACGAAAAGACGAACGACUUCCUGUACACCAUCAAGAUGGCGGCCCUCUCGCGGAAAGCUUUAAAGUAUGUGGCAGUGUUGGGCACAGUGCCCGCUGUGGGAAUUGCCGUGGGCUACAGAAUGAGAGCGGUCCAAGCCUCUGAGAACAAGAGUGAAGAAAGCCGCGUUGUCAGAGCCUGUGAUUUACCACUGUACCAGACUUCAAAAGAGAAUUUCCAGAUGGCAGAGAGGGAGCCAUACCCACAGAACUUUGUAGAGGAACAGAUUGGUGUAGUUCGCAAGGCAGUCAUGAGUUUUGCUGGAGGUUUUCAGGAAACUUAUGAGAGUGUAGAGUCAAUAGCCAUCACUGGAGUUGAACAUACCAAAUCGAGUUUGGACUAUGUGCAGAACAACCCUGGUGAGCUGCCCCGUGUUAUCUUCAUCGCUCUGGCCGGCAUGGGAGGCAUUGUUCUUGGAUACAGAGGCGGCGUGGUACGAAAGUUCGUCUACAGCACAAUAGCGGCAACUUCGACUGCGGCUUUGUGCUACCCCACAAAGACGAUGGAGCUGAGCGACAUAGUCACAGGGGAGAUACGGGAGGCCUGGGAAAGCAUGGCCGGACCCGCUAGCUGGCCGUUUGGAGAGAGUAAGGAGGCACCGAAACCGGAAAGUCAGGAGCGUGAAGGCGACUCUGCUCCUUCUCUUCUAGCUAGCGACAUGGCUGAGGAGACUCCGGCUGUGCAGCAGCUGAAGGGCGACCCGGGCCAGUCAAACCCCAAUGACAAAGACAUGUACAGCACGCGUUCCUCGUGAGCACGUCUGGAGGUGUGCCUGUGUGUGGCUGUAGGAUGCGCGCUCUCCCCCCCCCCCCCCAACCCAGACCCUCCAAUAUGUGAUUAUCAAGAUACUUGUCGCGUUGUAGUUCUGUCUAUCUGGAUUAAGAGGUUUAUGCACUUUUGUAAAUAUAUGUAAUGCAUAUUAUAUAUGUAUGAAAAAUGUUGAAGGAGGAGUUCGAAUGCUAUUCUAAAUGUUCGGCCUAUGUGGGUCUUUCACUUGUUUUCCUUAUCAAUUAAAAAAAAAUGAAUUUGGAAUUGAUCUUUUAGCAUCACUUUUUGAGUCGAAGAAAUAUCUAGUUUUUAGCAGUCGACCGUGAAGGUAGAGACGGUUGUGUGCCUAUUGUUUUGUUAACGGUUCAAUAAACUUUGUACUGAUUCCAAAGUGAAUGUAGCUGUGAUGUGUAUUUUAUGGUACUUAACUCAAGUUCUAGAAACAUGUUGAGUAUGUCAGAUUGAAAUUCUUUCUGAGUUGAAAGGUAUCAGGGGCAGCCACAAGAGCUGCUUUGAACAGAGUCUGCGGAAUAUUGUACAUCACUGAUAACCUGGAGUGGGGCUGGUUUGUUGCUUUGUAUGACCAAGUCUGUCACUUUGAUGGAUUUGUCAGGCAAAGGCUACCCAGUCACUGUGUCAGUAAGAAUAAACUCCAAAAUUUGAGAACUCUUUUUCUUUCUUAAGAACUGCAAAUUCUUUUGCGAAAAAUAGUUCAGAUGUUGUUUUAAAAGAUGGACAGUGUUGAAUGUGAUCUUGCCCUUCAAGUUUUUAAGCUGAAUUGUAUAAUACACUGCUGUUUCAGGUUUUUUGAAAAUGUUAAACAAAGAAAGAUGAAACCAGAUGAAAGUGAGACAAACAACUGUUUUGAUGUUUGUUGUGGGAAUAGAAGGAACCUCUGUUAAUCGUGUUUCUGUGGUGAGUUUUUCAUAAACCUGUCAUUCGUCAUGGCCGUGAACGCAACCAUUCCUGUGUUGUGUAAUUUCGUCAUGUGGAGAACUCCCAUGGUUCCUUUCCCCUUCUACACAGCGUUUGGCAGAAGUUCACAUUCAUCACUGUCACAACCAUCAGAAAGUGCUAGAUUUUAUACCAGUCUGGCUCCUCUUGCCUUUGUAGAAUGUUCUGAAUAAAGUGGACCCCAAAGUCAUCCAUGGCAAAGGCAUA